AUGGCCGGCGCGGCCGAGCUUCGACGGCGGGGAGUACGAGCAGCAGCAGAAGCAGGCGCUGCUGGCAGUGAUCGUGCAUCCCUACUCGCGCAUGGGCGGCUCGCAGGCCGUUACACAGGGCCUGGCGGAAUGCCUUUGUCUGCGCGGGUUCAAGUGAGUUUCCGAGCAUUUGCCUUCGAGUCUUCUGAGGCUAAAUCAGUAGCAGGCGUUGCUGCUGGCGGCGACGCGCUGCAGGACCGGGUUGCGGAAUGCCGCCUUGCCUCCACGGGUUUAAGUAUCGUGGUGACGUUCGACCUGCGGGGCGCGGGCAGGUCGACGGGGCACGCAUCGUUCACGGGCGAGCCCGAGGUGGCGGACGUCAUGGCCGUGUGCCGCUGGGCGGGGGAGAAGUACGCCCAACGCAUACUGCUGCUGGGGUCGUCCGCAG